UGGUGGCGGUGGAGGCGUAUCACCGACAACGACGAGUGCUGUGCAGAGUACUUUGAUUCCCUUCCCCUGAACGUGAUGUAAUUACCCCGCGAAUGGGUAUAUGAUUAUUAACUACCUAUUGCUGGAGAAAGCAGGUCUGAUAUCAUCAUCAUCAUCAUCAAUGAUCAUCAUCAUCAUUAUCAUCAUGUAACUACAUGGUUCCUGCCAACUUUGAACUUCCUACGGAAGUGGAAAGUUCUCUCCAUGAAUGCGUACCCUAGUGAUGUUCGUGAUUACAGCUCCUAAGCUCAAUAUCAGCACUGCCAUUUUUUUUUCCAGAGAAAGAAGAGCAACAUUAAGAGUCCCAAAUCCAGGUUCCACCGCAGCAGCCUCAUACUCUGGAACUGGUACAACUACUGCGCCAACUACGUCCUUAUUGGAUCUAGUAGCAAACGGCGUUGUGGAUGGAUCAGGAAGAGCCAUCGACAAGGAACAGCU